AUGAGCUUGGAGGAUGCUCAAGAUGCCUUCGCCGGAUCCGGACCAAGCAGUUGUUCUAUGGCUCCCGCAGAUACCAUCCUACUUGUGCUGCCAGUCCAUCCAAGGAUGAUUGGGCACCUCACCAGCGAAAUGAUUUGGUUGCUAGGUGCCUUGUCGUGGUUUCAUGGUCCCACUGGCAAGAAACUGCUGGCUGCAUUGUGGCGAGCGGCUGGUGAGCAUAUGCAUAUGGGUAAGCCACCAAGUGGUCUUCGCCGGAAUACAACAGAGGUGUUGUUGGCACCUUCCCCAGGACGUGCUACAGACUUGGAGGACUUUCUACUAAAGGACAUCUUUUCUUUAUUGAGUGAUCAGCCUAUUCGCACUUUGCUCCCGAACAAGCACAGCUGUCGCUGCUACAGGAAGGGUGCAGUCUGGGGAUAUGUAGAAGUACCAUUUUCUGGGCCUGGCGACUUUACUUAUGUUGAUUCUGCUGCCAUACGAUAUGCUGUGGCAAAACACAUCCUUCCCAGCUACUUGUGGAGACCCCGUUUGGAGCUGGGCAAAGUCAGAGCUAUGCUUGUGGACCGCUGCAGCAAGGAGCCAGUUCAAUUGCGGUCUCACACGCCGGAGAUUCUUCAGCUUCUCGCGGAAAAUUACCUGCAGGAAUUCUGGAACGCUCAUGUUUCUUUUCUUUACGUGCUGAGUACUCAGCAUAGCUAA